CUAACCUUCUUUUUUUUUCUUUUCAUCCGCCUCCACCUCACCUUCUAUCUGUCCCUCUUCCUCUCUCCAUUCAGCGUCGCCGACCAGCCACCGCCGUGGCAUCGGUUCCCCAUGGCCGGCAAAACCCCAAGAUCAUUUUUUCUCUCCGUUCCCCCUUCCUCCUCGCCACCACUAACGAAACCCCAACCCCAGUCGCUGUUGCUGCUUCAAAUCCAAGCCACCACCGCCAAACCAGUCGCCGCCUUUCCCUCAACCUUUACGCCUCCGCCUCCGCCUCCGAUAAAGCCACCGCCGACAGUCCAUGUCAGACGAGACCAGCCGACCGUCACCAUCAGCGCCGCCAUCGCCCCCUCCAUCCCAUUCUCCGUCUGUCCAGCAGCCAUCUCCAUCGACGAACCCCCCUCAAAACACCAACACCAACACCAACAGCCGUGUCACCUUGCCACCGUUGUUCCUCCGUGCUACGAUGGUGAAUUAUUUUUCCUCCGACCGCCCAACCGGUUCGAGUUCGGGAAAAAUGUUCACGACAAAUUCUCAUAAAUCCGUCCCAGGUAUGCAGCUGAUGCAUAUGCAAUAUUUUGUACAGGCAAGUGGGAUUAAGUACAGCCGGGUGAUCAUAUGCUAAAUAAAUACUGGGAUUUCCUACAUAAACUUCGUGCAAUUGGCUUAGCCUGAGGGUUCAAUGUAUUUGAAAACAAAUAAUGCAUAGUUGGGGGAUUAUAUUUUGGGGGUCAGUUACAUAUUUUUGGUAGAUUAACCUCUGGACUUUUUUGUGGUCUAUAUAGUAAAGCUUAAGCCAUUAGAAGUAAGUGCUUUCCGGAGGUGGUGUAUUUACCUAGGCAGCUGUUUAAUAUAUCAUCUAAGACAAUGAGCUUCAAAGAA